GUCCCCAAAUACUUAUCACAACAGUGGAAUAAAGCUUCAGGAAGAGGUGAAGUGGGAAAACUAAGGAUCGCCAAAAAUCAAGGAAGAACAGAAGUGUCAUUUACUUUGAACGAAGAGCUUGCAAGCAUUAAUGAUAUUGGAGGAAAACCUGCUUCAGUCAGUGCACCAAGGGAACAUCCAUUUCUUUUGCAAAGUGUGGGAGGACAGACCUUAACAGUGUUCACAGAAAGUUCAGUAGAUAAGCUUUCGUUGGAAGGAAUAGUGGUGCAACGUGCUGAAUGCAGACCUGCAGCUAGUGAAAAUUAUAUGAAACUGAAAAG